GUGAUUUGUAGCUAUGCUUUCCAGCGAUGCUAGCGAUGAGUGCUUACGAAUCCAGUUGGGGUCAGGGCUGGGACGCAGCAGCAGGUGCGGCGGCCAGGGAAGGUGAUGUAGAUUUUGAGGGUUUUGGAGUCUCUGAGCCAGCAGCCGAGCUCAAUGUGAUAGAAUUUCUAGACAGCCUCGAGGAUGUAGAGAGGGUUUCUUCUUGUGUAGCGACAGCGGCAGCGGCAGCGGCGCCUUCAGAGAAUCAUCCCCAGGCGCCACGAGAUAAUUCUGGAUCGCUGGAAUCCUACGCUUUCAAUGCUGCCGCUUACGAUCUGACCAUCAAGUGCUUGGAUUCUGGCUCCAAGCCAAGCGAGGGGCAGAUCAAGAAGGCCGAUCCAAGCUUCCCGGAGAAGCGGAGGAACAACCGCGCUGUGGCCGACGCUCUCUUGAGCCGAUGGAAAUCCCUGUCCAGCGCUCUGGUGGUGAUGGACGUGGAAAGCGAUGGGAUCAAGCGCCGGCGCUUGAGCUCCAAGUGGGAUAAGUUUAGAAGGAUCAUAGCUUACAGAGAGGAGUGGCCUUUCGUCGUCGAUAAGUUCCAUGUCGAGGCUGGCAGUGGAUCGUGUCUAAACCUCCGCGACACUGUCAAGAACUUGGGGCUGUUCUACGUCACUGGGAACAAGAAACAUGGCAUCCCAGAGGAUUUCAUCAAGGCCAGGAUUGGAGAGUGCCCGAAAUGCGAUGACCAGCUUCACGAGUCCCCGGCUAGCAAGCGUCUCCGAAAGAACUUGCCUGAAAGGUGGCCGGAAGUUCACACUGUUCCUUGGCAGCAUCUGGAUGAUUUCAUCGAGGGCCUUUGCAUCCGGCACAGGGUAUCACUGCGAAAGGAGAGCACGUACAUGAUCGCCAGUCCUGAGCCUUCGAUCGUCACCACCUGGGUUUGUGCCCGUGGUUUUCGAAAGCAGGAAGGAGCCGAUUCCUCAAGCAAAAAUGUUGGUGCUACUCAUCAAGGAUUACCAUGCACUUUUCGAGUACGUACACUCAUUCCGGUGAGGAUCUCUCAGUUGCCCGAACUCAACCCGGAGUUUCCAGAGCCAGUAAACUUGCCGGAGAGAACAGCUUCCGUGGAUCCGUCGGAGGACCUUCUUGGCUCCAAAAGCUCGAGCCAACUUCCAGAUUUCCAGGACGGCCAUGGGAGUUACUUUGAGCAAAUGCAGGCAAACAGCCAUUUUCUAGAUUCGAGCAAUAUCUUGGUGACAGUACUUCUCAACAGGGCACACAGGGGGCAUAAUCCCAACGACAAAGAAGAUUACGUUAACUUUCCCGUCCAUUCGUCCGCGAAAGAAGCUGCUUUGUACGAGUUUGACUUGUCCUGGGACGUGAUUUCGGUUGCAAGAGCGUCGUUGCGGAUGGAUAUGCUACUCAAGUCCAGAGCUACGGACCUUGACAAAGCUACCUUUCGCUUUCGUCUGAUCCCGAAAGAGGUGGCGCAGUUAACCAUGGAGCUGAACUCUCAAGGCAAGAUCUCAAGCAGCGAUUGGGUCCGGUUGCUCAAGGAGGUUGACGCACACAGGAAAAAGAAGACUGUGAUUUUUUAUCAGCAGUAUGACGUUUUUAAUCCCGUGGAAGAGAAGCAGCCGUUCGUGUGUGUCAUCAUGACUCCAUGGAUGCGAGAAAUGGCUGAAAGGUUUUCUGCGGGUAAUGUUUGGGCCCUCGACUCGACUUUCACAACCUGUAUACGGGGUCUUCCAUUGCAUGCGGCAGCCGUUCCUAAUCAGGACGGCAUUGGAAUGCCAGUGUUUUUCAUGAUGUGCUCGGCUGACACGGGGUCAAGGCACGAGAGCAUUGCCUUGAAGCUGGCAUUGACAGCAGUCUUCAAGCAGCUGUCUGUGAGGCCAGCUGCAAUUUUGAUUGAUAAGUCGCGGCUGAGCUUUGACGCUUUGUUCAGUGUUGUCUCUCGGGACGAGAAAUGCUGGAGGGAUGGUAAGCAGAUCGCUUGUCGGCUACUGCUGUGCUGGUUUUGCGUGAAAAGAGCUUGGGUUGAGAAUCUUCUCCCGCAGGUCGCAUCGGAAAUGAGAAAAGAUGUGUAUCGCCAACUGGAUGGAAUGAUGAUGGCCCCUUCUGAAGCCGAUUUCGAUAAUCUUUGGAACAAAUUUAAGGAGGACUAUGGUGGUUUUAAGGAGAUUGUGGAUUAUCUGGAAAUGGGAUGGUUGGGCUCUCAUUGUGCUUGGCGGAGAAUUUGGCCGACUUUUGGCAGGUUGUUUGAGCAUGGAAACGUAGAGACAAUCAACAUAGUGAGUUACUUGUGGCUCUUCAUCAAGUAUUCCUUGUUUGGAGGGCGUAUGAACCAGAGCAAUUGCGAUCUUCUUCUGGCUUUGGUAGGAAGCGCCCUGACAAGCAGUAAGCCAGAGGGUGGUACGCUGGAGGAGUUUUUUCGGCAGAGACAAGUCCUUUGUAUCCACCAGUCUUUUCCUUUCUUUCGAGUCCUUAACACUUUCUCAGGUGAUUCGAGGCGCUAUCACAGUCAAUCGAGCACUUCGGCGGAGCGCAAGCGCUUGGCUGCUGCAGAACGCUUUUUGGCUCAAUACAACAAUAACCGAGCAUGUUUCGAGGUACUCAGCGAGCCGGGUUUUCUUUUCAGAGUCCACAGCUGCAACGGUGACACGGCCAAGUCUCACGUCGUCAACCUCCUCACAAACUUCUGCGACUGCCUCGAGACGAUGUUCACUUGCGAGCACCUCCUCGCUGCAAGGCUGGUUGUCCGCCACAACUUCGUCAGUAUGUACGGGCUGCUGGAAAGGAGAAGCAAGGAGCGUGACGAGCCAUUGACUCAAGUGGAGGACAUCGACUUGGCAUAUCUGGACGAGAGCUGCGAGGAUCACCCAAGAGCCACAGGUCUUAGCUGCGAGCUCGAUGGAGAACGAACAGGAGGAUCGAGCGAGUGGGACAGUCUGGUCCAGGAGAUUGCUCACGUUCAGAUGCAGCUCAGUAACUUACAGGCUUACUGCGAAGACCAACUUAUCGAGCCGCCGGCCGAGCUCUCGUUGCUCCUCUCCUCGCAACUGAAGUCGCUCAGAGCCUUCACCGGGGCCGAAGGCAGCAGUAAAACAGAAAUCACUGGUGACAGCCGCGUUGGGAUCAUCCAGGAACACCUCAAGGCGUGCAAGCUCCAGCCUGUCAAGUGCUGCGUUCAGCUGAAGAAGGCCCCAUCUCUCCCGGCGCAGAAUCCGCAGCAGAGAGGAGCAAGCUACGCUCACGCGCAGACGCUCGUCCAUCCGCGGCUGGGCUACGUUCACUAUUACAAGCAGCUCAAGCCCGCAAAGAUCAACAGGCUCAAGUGCGUGUCCUGCGGAGUCUACAACGUUGUGGGAGGAUCCUUUGAGGUGACGGAGUGUAAGAACUGUAGCAGGUAUUUUAUAUUAUGAACAGCGCUAACGAACGUAUUUAACAAAUUUACAUUAGAAAUGAUGUCUCUUUAACUUCAAAUCUUUGCAAUCUUCUCAGCUUU